UCUACUGCAUGUACAGUCACAGUCAGUAAUUCCAGGUAUUAUCUUUGUUUCAGAAAAAGAACACUAAGUAGAAGAUCAUGGCAAGUUCUGACUGGGGAUAUGAUGGCGAAAAUGGUCCUGAGCAAUGGGCCAAGCUGUACCCCAUUGCCAAUGGAAAUAACCAGUCUCCUAUCGACAUUAAAACCAGUGAAACCAAACAUGACCCUGCUCUAAAACCUAUCAGUGUCUCCUACAAUCCAGCCACAGCCAAAGAAAUAAUCAACGUGGGACAUUCAUUCCAUGUGAAUUUUGAGGAUAAUGACAACCAAUCAGUGCUAAAAGGUGGGCCACUCUCUGAAAACUAUAGGCUCUGCCAGUUCCAUUUUCAUUGGGGCAGUGCAAAUGAUCAUGGCUCUGAGCACACAGUGGACGGAGUAAAAUUUUCUGGAGAGCUCCACAUAGUUCACUGGAAUUCUGCCAAGUACUCCAGCUUUGCUGAAGCUGCCUCCAAGGCUGAUGGUUUAGCAAUUGUUGGUGCUUUGAUGAAGGUUGGUCAGCCCAAUCCAACACUGCAGAAAGUACUCAGUGCCCUAAAUGCAGUUAAAACUAAGGGAAAACAAGCCCCGUUCACAAACUUUGACCCUGCCACUCUGCUUCCUUCAUCUCUGGAUUAUUGGACCUACUCUGGCUCUCUGACUCAUCCCCCUCUUCAUGAGAGUGUAACUUGGAUCAUCUGUAAGGAGACCAUUAGUGCCAGCUCAGAACAGCUUGCCCAGUUCCGCAGCCUUUUAUCAAACGCUGAAGGUGAAAAUGCUGUCCCCAUACAGCACAACAACCGACCGCCCCAGCCUCUGAAGGGCAGAACAGUGAGAGCUUCUUUCUAAUGGCCCAGAAGGAGCAUACCCUCCAGGAAUACGGCCCUGCUUCUGACAUAAUCCAGUAAAAUAAUAAUGUUUAAAAAACCAGAUUUAUUUCAAUACUAGC